AUGGGUGUUAUAGAAGUUGAGAGUGAGCAACAGUUCACUGAGUUAACGAAGUCCAAUGAUUCCAAAUUAAUCGCAUUGUAUUUCCACACACCGUGGGCUGGCCCUUGUAAGACCAUGAAUCAGGUUUAUAAAACAUUGGCCGAUUCAAAGGCGCAAGACCCAUCAAUAGUAUUCCUUGCCAUCAAUGCCGAUGACUUGUCGGAAAUCAGCGAGCUAUUUGACGUUAGUGCAGUUCCGUAUUUUAUCCUAAUACGUAAGCAAACUAUAUUGAAAGAGUUGUCAGGAGCAGACCCCAAGGAAUUCAUUGCUGCGUUGAACCAGUUUUCAGGUUCUAGUGAUGCCCAACCUGCAAACGGCUCUAAUACAGAAGGAACUUCCAAUGGAGCUCCACAAGAUGCUGCUGAGCCAGUAGAGGAGACAGAAGAGGCGUUGAAUGAGAGAUUGACUAAAUUAACCACAGCUGCACCAAUUAUGUUGUUUAUGAAAGGUUCCCCAUCGAGUCCACAAUGUGGGUUUUCAAGACAGCUUGUGGCUAUCUUGAGAGAGCAUCAAGUUAGAUUUGGGUUUUUCGAUAUAUUGAAGGAUGACUCCGUGAGACAAGGGUUGAAAAAGUUUAGUGACUGGCCAACUUUCCCUCAAUUGUACGUUAAUGGAGAAUUCCAAGGAGGGUUAGAUAUCAUCAAAGAGAAUCUAGAAGAAGACGACCAGUUUUUCGAAAACGCUUUAAAAGCUUAG